GUUUUGACGGGAAACGUGCCUUGGCGUCACUUGACUAAGGAGGGCACAAUCGCGGUUAGAGUGUAUGAGGGUACAAUACAUCCUCGUCCAGACGACGAACGUAUCAGUGACCAGCACUGGAAUUUUAUGGUCUCUUGUUGGUCGAGGACACCCAACGAUCGGCCUUCUGCCAAAGAAGCACUUCAAUUUGUUGUCAGCCAGCUGAGCUUGCUGUAAUUGAGCGAAUGAUGUGAUUUACUAUUGCAUACACGAUAGUGCCGGUGAAUCAUUUGCUAUACUAUCUAUAUAAUACUAUAACAUGUACAGUGCUUAUAUAUUUUUGGUGCACGAUGACAGGAUUCCCCGUCAGACCGACACUGGUACUAAUCUACUACUUACUAGUUGUGAUGUUGUCCUUUCUCUUCAACCCACAACGCAUACAGACUUGUGGGCUUAUAAGCGGCAAUCUCCGAUUUCAUUUACUUACAAGCAUUUCCAUCAAAGUGAAAUCGAAUUUACUACAUACGAUGGUCUCCACGGCGUUGAUCUCAUCCGUUCCACAAUAUGUCUCUGUUGAGGAGCACAGAAAUAUAGUGGGAUCGACUCCUGCAUCGUUCAAUGACAUCCCUCCUGUUCUGCGCCACAAAGAGGAUAACGUACGCGUUACGCUUGAUCCCCCCCUCCAUACAUUCACCGAACAAGAUUGCGCGAAUGGAACAUUGUUCGUGAUCGAGAGUGCCCUUGUCUUCAUGUCUUCCACCGGGGUUGGAUUUCAGGUCCCAUACCCUGCCAUCACCUUGCACGCCAUUGCGCGUCCAGAAUCUGGACCGUCAAUAUAUUGUCAGCUAGACGAGCUCGUCGGAGAACUCGCAGCAGCUGAGUCACCUGAAAAUGAUGAUGCCGCCAACAUGCGAGAGUUGAGCAUUAUCCCAUCCAACCCUGCUUCUCUGGAGUCGAUAUUUGAGGCAAUGUCUGUCUGCGCCUCUCUCCACCCAGAUCCAAAUAUGUCAGAUGACGAUGACUUGGAAGAAACGUUUGUUGAUGAAAGUGCCUUCGAGACAUUUACGGGCGAAGAGGGCGAGGAACUCAGUGAGGUUGGCCGGGCGGCUCUCGAGCAUCUGGAGUCGAUCAUCGAUGAUCCAUACCAUCCAGACAAGAAUGACGUCAACGGCGCUGGCGAGGAUGUCGAAAGCGAAGGGGAAGGGGAACGAUGAUCGGCUACCAGUUCUGAACGUUGAUAUUUAAAACAAACGGCAUGAGCAAAAG